AUGGAAAAACAAGCUAACAUCAAAAGGAUACCAUUUACCUUCAACGUCGGUGACCAAGUCCUACUCAAACAUCAGCCAUAUCGACAACAAAUUGUUACAAGAAGAACAUCAGAAAAGCUUACAAAAAUAUAUUUUGGGCCAUUUCAAAUCAUCAACAGAGUUGAAGAGGUUGCUUUUAUGUUGGAUCUUCCAUCCUCCUCACGUAUCCAUCAUGUGGUUCAUGUAUCGCUUCUCAGACCCUAUUUCGGUUCUAAUCCAACUGGUGAUUUCAAACCCCUUCCUUCACAAAAGCCGUACGACUUCCUUGAGCCUCACCAGCUUCCUGAUACUCCAUCUACACAUGAUCCUGAAGCUCCAUCCGUUCCUCAUGGCUUUGCGAGUGAAGUAAGGAAUUCCACUUCAUCGUUGUUGGAAAAAAAUGUUUCUGGGUGUUUGGAACCACCAUUUGCAAGUAAAAAGAACAACAAGAACACGUUUGAAGGACACAGAAAAAGUGAUUUCAAAAGUUUCUAA